UUGUCGUUACUUCUGGUUGUCCUGGUGGCGUUGUCGGCCUUGCUGCCGAGCGCCGACGCCGCUCCGUUUAAGAAGUUCAAGAAAUUCGGGAAAUUCGGAGGCGGUGGCGGUUUCGGCGGCGGCUUCGUCCGACCCGUGGUGAUCCCCACCCCGGUGUUCGUCCAACCUGCCUACGGCUCUGGCUACGGCCUCGGCGGAGGUUUUGGUCACGGAGGUUUCGGAGGUGGUCACGGCGGCUUCGGAGGAGGAUUUGGAGGCGGCCAUGGCGGCUUUGGAGGCGGCCAUGGCGGCUUCGGAGGCGGCUACGGCUGGUGAGGCCAGAAGAGACAGAGCUUCUGCCGGAGGAAUUGCCGCGGUCUCGGCGGAGAUUUCCUUCGGUUGCACGGUGUUCUUGCGUUUAUGCCGAACGCACGCGGGGAAACGGCAACCUGCUAUUUCACUCUUACAAGUGAACUUCAUGGCAACUUCAAAACAUUUGGUAUGGAAAUAGCUAGUAAAUUCCAAAGCAGAUAUAAGAAAAUUAAUAAACGUAUUUUAUUUU